UGAUUUGCUUAUGAUUUGUCUGCAGAUGCAAAUCUUUGUUAAGACUCUUACCGGCAAAACCAUAACUCUCGAGGUUGAGAAUUCUGACACCAUCGACAAUGUUAAGACAAAGAUUCAAGAUAAGGAGGGAAUUCCCCCAGAACAGCAUUAUCUGAUCUUUGCUGGAAAGCAGCUGGAGGAUGGCAGAGCGCUCGCUGACUACAAUAUUCAGAAAGAAUCGACCCUCCACCUUGUUCUCCGUCUUAGAGGGCGGAUGCAGAUUUUUGUUAAGACCGUCACCGGGAAGACUAUCACCCUUGAAGUUGAGAGUUCUAACGCUAUUGAUCACGUCAAAACAAAAAUUCAAGACAAGGAAAGUACUUUAAAAUGUGGUUAUAGCGUAUAGUUUUCGUAAUAAAGAGUAUUAAUUUGUCUUUUUUUUUUUUUUUUUUUGUUUGUCAGGUUUGCUUGAUUUCAUCCCCCAUAUUCCCAAUCAAAGAAGAUAAUGGAGUAUUCAAGUCUUAGCUUAUUGCUAUAAUUCUAAAUUUUAGUUGAUUCAAUUUGAUUUUUUUUUUUCAAUUUUAUGUAAUGAGUUUUUUUUUUUU